AUGACAAAGCCAAGACAAGGUCGCACUCCCACUACUAGAAGUUCAAGUAAUGGGAAAGGGGUUUACAGGAUCAGAGAACCACAGCGCUACUGGACACAGGCAGCGACAGCACAGAACAUUUUGGAGGUAUCAAGACGAACGUCAGAAACAUCACUCUUCAUAAACAUUUUAACCCAAGGGGAUCAAUAUAACACCACAGAAGUAGAUCUGGAAUUAAGAGGCAUUAACACCCGGAGAGUGAAGUGCCCCAUAUCCCUUCCUAAGGUACUAGUACUUGACAGACUGCCACCUUCUUUAGAAAACUCAACAGCAACAGCCCUAGACAUAGAUGCUUGGGAACAUCUUCGAGGACUUGCUCCACUUCCACCAAACAGACGACUCGCAGAGUUACUGAUUGGACAAGAUUGCCCAGAUGCCCUGACUCCCCUCGAGUGUCAGACUGGGCCGGAUGAAGCACCUUUUGCAAUAAGGACAAGAUUGGGUUGGACGAUUACUGGGCCCCUAUUGGGCAAUUUAACUCACAGGUUUACAACGGAAUGUUCCAUGCUGACUGCCUCUACAGAAAAAACUCGUUUGGAAGAGCAGGUGAGGCGCUUCUGGGAAAUCGAAGCAUUACACCAGACCCCGGGAGAUGGCUCCCCAUCAUCGGUAGAGGAUAAACGGGUCAUCAAGCUUUGGUCGUCGACUGGACAGAGAGUACAGGGACACUACCAAUUCCCAAUUCCAUUCCGACGUCAACCGCCCUGUCUACCUAACAACAGAGCGCUCGCCGAGCGCCUAUUACUGGGAGUAAAGAAACGCCUAUCGAGGAACACAAGCUGGUACCUGCCUCAUCAUCCAGUACUAAACCCCAAUAAACCAGACAAGGUACGGAUCGUCUUCGAUUGUGCAGCAGCCUUCACGAAGACUUCACUCAACAACCAAGUGCUCCAAGGACCAGACCUCUACAACAAAUUAAUUGGAGUACUCAUGCGGUUUAGACAAGAGCCGAUCGCCCUGAUGGCCGACAUCGAAGCAAUGUUCCAUCAAGUGAAGGUAAACCCCGAGCACAGAGACACUUUACGAUUCCUCUGGUGGGAAGGUGGAGAUUUGACACAAACGCCAAUGACAUGUAGGAUGACAGUGCAUCUCUUCGGAGGAGUGUGGAGUCUCUCGUGCACGGCCUAUGCUCUGCAACGGACCUUCCAAGACUUCAGAGAUGGGUUCUCGGAUUCCGCCAAUAGAGCGAAAUCAAACUUUUAUGUAGACGACCUGCUCCUGUCAGUAACUGAACCAAAAGAAGCAAUUAUGAUAUCUCGGCAGUUGCGACAUCUUCUUUCCCUGGGAGGUUUCAAACUCACAAAAUGGAUCAGCAACAACAAAGAGGUCCUCAACACGAUACCACUUGAAAGUCGACAUACUGUAGUGAAGGAAGUGAACCUGGGAUGUGAAGACCUACCCACGGAGAGAGCCUUGGGAAUCAUGUGGGACCUAAAUGGAGAUCAGUUUGCAGCAAAGGUUCAGGUUCCCACCCGACCAGCGACAAAAAGGGGCUUACUUGCAGUGCUCAUUCUCCAAGACGAAUGCAGGCGGAAGAAGGACUGGGAUGAAGACAUCACCAAGCAAAACCUUCACAAGUGGUUGCGCUGGCUUGAAGAUUUGAAAUCACUGCGAAACUUCAAAGUUCCUCGCUGCUACAGACCUGGGGGCCUGGGUUGUGCCACCUCAUCGCAACUCUAUCACUUCUGUGACGCCUCACAAGUGGCCUAUGCAGUUGUAACGUACCUACGGACAGUAGAUAAUGAAGGUAAUGCCAGAUUUUCUUUCGUUUGUGGCAAGGCUCGUCUGGCCCCUCUCAAACAGCUAACGGUCCCAAGGCUAGAACUCUGUGCAGCAGUCCUGGCGACAAGAGCAGACCACACAAUCAAGCGUGAAAUUGGAGUCCCACUUGAAGAAUCCGUGUUCUGGACGGACAGUAUGAUUGUGAUCAUGUACAUCGGCAGCCUAGAGAAACGUUUCCAUACGUUCGUUGCCAACAGGAUCUCAGCUAUACAUGAAGUCACGGAAGAGGCCCAAUGGAGACAUGUACGAUCAAGAUGGAAUCCAGCAGAUGAUGCUACAAGAGGCAUUCCUGUUGAAGACAUGUUAAAAGAAUGCAGAUGGAUUGAUGGUCCUUCUUUUUUGUCUCUACCUGAGGAGUACUGGCCGAAAAAAACGGAAAUCAGACACGAACUUGAGAACGAUCCUGAGGUUAAGCUCGAGGUGGUGUCAUUAGCCACGGCAGGAAAUAAUGCUGAUGCCAUCAUGCAACUGCUAUGGAACAGGUGUUCAUCAUGGCAUGCGCUGCAGAGAGGUGUAUCCUGGAUCAGGCGAGUAUCCAGCAUCCUGAGACACGACUUUCAGGGUGCAACAUCGAAGCCGCUGGAAUUGCCUGAACUACGGAAUUCCAAGUGGGCCAUUAUUUGGUUCCUGCAGCAGGAGGCCUAUGGUGAGGAGAUGAGCCUCCUGCAGCACCGACAACUGCCACGACAAAGUCGACUGUACCGACUAGAGCCAUACCUAGGCCAAGACGGGCUGCUCAGAGUAGGAGGAAGGUUACAAGAUGCCAAAGAAAGAACUGGACCAAUACUACUGCCCAGAGACCACCCAGUAACCAAACUUAUAGUGCGGGAAGCACACUCCGUGGGCGCUGGCCAUUCCGGGAGAGAACAUACACUGUCCAUACUCUGGUGUGAGUUCUGGAUAGCCCGUUGCCGCCCUCUGAUCGAUAAGAUAAUAAAGGAGUGUGUCACUUGCCGCCGUAACAAUUGGAAGCCAACUAGGCAAAGGGAAGCCAUGCUGCCCGAAGACCGGACCAAGCCCAUUCACAGUAAGACAAGGAUGAAAGAGUACCAAGAGAUAUGGCUGCAUAUUCACCUGUCUAGCUACUCGUGCAGUGCACCUGGAGGUGUUGGAGUCUCUAGAUACAGAUGCAUUCCUAAACGCUACUGUCCGCUUCAUCGCCAGAAAGGGUACGACUCCGAAACGUAUUAG